AUGAGAUCGUUGUUACAUGGAUUGCUGUUGUGUGCUGUGGCACUCGCCUCGCUUGUUGAGGUUGACGACUCGAAUUUUGAAAGCCUAGUUUUUGGCCAGCCGGGUAAAUACUCGUUUGUUUACUUUUACGCUCCAGGAUGUAAGCAUUGUCAGGAUCUGGAACCGCAUUUUGAGCCACUGGUGGAUUUGUACGAGGGUACCAAUCUCCAAAUCUUCAAAAUGAAUGGCCGUACGAACAAGAGGAUUCGUGACAAGUACCAACUUUUUGGAUAUCCUACACUCAAACUCUUCUCCUCCCACGGAGACGAUAUUGGAGCCUACACAGGUAUCCGGACGACCACAAAAAUGGUUGAGUAUCUCGAAGAUGCAACUGGUAUUCAUCCAAUAUACCCACCAAAGACCGUUGUCGAAGUCACGCCGGAGAAUAUCGACCAGGAAGUGUUCGAGAAGUUACAGAAUGACGUUUUGCUCGUUUUUUAUGCUCCGUGGGCAGAACGUUGGGAUAAUGCCCAUAAUUCUUUUUAUGAGAAGUUAGCCCAGUAUUACAAAAAUGAGGUGAAAGAUGGGACACUGUUCAGAGCGGUAGACGUUUCCAAAGCCGAAAACAAUGCUUUGCUGGCGCAAUUCAAGGUUGCAAAGUACCCUACUCUUUUCUACUUCCCUAAAAAUCGUGAAGACAAUAGAAAACCAUUCAAAUUGGAUCACGACGUGGGUCCAGAGGAAAUCGUUGAGAUACUGAUGGGGUCGGAUGCAGGACAGAGAGAGUUUCCGCUGGUGGACAGUUCGGAGUCUCCCGAGAUCGAGGAAGAUACCGAGGACGCCGAAGUGAAUGUCCAGUAUCGCGAUCUUUGA